GAUUUAAUAUAGUAUAAAAAUACAUUUAAUGUAUUAAAUGUAUAUUUAAAUAUAUAUAAUAUUUAAAUAAAUAAAUAACGUUCGUCUUUAAUAGUAUACUAUUUUCCUACUGGACAGUGGAAUUCUGUUUUUAUUAUUUCACAAGGAUGAAGCCACAGCAAAAACUGCACCAUCUUCAAUCCUCCUCCUCAAGAAUAAUGCAAGCACUUAAACGUUUCACAUCUUGCUGGCUUUGCAAAAAAAAAAAAAAAAAUGGCUCAGGUGCACUUCUGAUGAACCAUAAACAGUUGCAGAUUUGGAGAAUACAUUCUAAUAAUUAUUUUUGCAUUUUAUUUACUUAAGUGUGCAUAAAAUGUGUACAUCAUAAUAAGCUAUAGCUUAGCUUGCACAUAUUCAACUAAACAGGCCAUAAGGAAUAAGCACAGAACCUAAAAACCUGUAUGUAUACUGAGUAUUACAGUGCAUUAUUAGACACGGUUUAGUAACAUCACACAGUUCAUGUUAUUAAAUUCAUCUUCAGUAGCCCUGACCGGGAUGUCCAUCACAAGACAGCAUGUAUACCUUCAUGUUUUGGUGCAUCAGAAGGAAACUGGAGAACCCAGAAGAAACCUAGCUGGGGGCAGGGAGCAUGUGUGAAACUCCACACACACAGUAACCCGGGUCCAGGAUUGAACCCAGGACCCUGGAUCUGCUCCACCGUGUUGCUUCAUACACUAAUCCAAUUUUUUUUUAACAAAAUUGCUCUACAAAUCCUUUUACUGAUGCUUCACAGGUUUGUUUCUUCUGAAAAGGAACUAAUUAUAUUCAUUGCAAGCCCAUUCGUUAUUUGUACACAGUACAAAUGUCAAGUGUCACAGUAAGCUAUUUGCUCCAAAUCUGAAUGAAUUAGUAUCUUUGAUUCAGCAAUGAGUGACUCACAUUUAAACCUGUGUGAUAUUUAAUUCUAUUAUAUAUUUUGUACAUACAAAAGACAUCAUAGCCUAAUAUCCACUCUUGUUGAGCUAAUAAAACCCUGAGGCUUUGGCAGAUGAACAUAAGAUGAACAUAUCGGUCCAUAUCACACUGAUUAUCCAACUCUGCGUCCAACUCUGUGUCCCAAUCUCUGUGUUGUUUGGGACACAAUGUGGAUCCAGUGGUUAUAGAAAUGCUAUGGAGUCUCCCAAGGUUUGUAUUUGACCUGUUUCCACCUCAAUAAUGCAGUUAAAGAAGAAUAAGGAACUGUUAUUUAUAUGCUAGAGUCUGUGGGUUUUCAGGUGCAGUGUGUAAGUCAGGGGUGGUCUGAUGUCAGUCUGUGUGGGUGUAAGGAGGGAGGGAUUGAGAGAAGGAAAAGGAAAGCUAGAGAGACUCAGCAGUAGACUUUGGGGUGAGGGAUGGGAAAGACAUUUUCGAGGCAGAGAUAUAGAGAAAGAGGUUUUCUUCAUCCGUUCAGUCUCUGAGCACGUGAUGAGAGGUGGAGUGUGCAUGGGGUUCAGGAUAGAUACAAAGCCUGAGAGAAGUAUCUGUUGGAUCCUGGAUGAAGAACACUGCUAUUAGUCAUGAAGAGUUAAACCGUGCAGUCUUCAAAAUGCACAGACACAUGACCAGAAAAAUGAACAGAACUGAGGAGUCGUUCUAUUUGAAUGUCACCUCUACAAUGACUCUACCAGUCCCCACCAAUGGUUCUCCAUCAUACCGUGAACCCUAUCUGCACAGACUGGCACAUCUGGAUGAGGGUCUCUAUAAUGACUUCUAUAGCCUGUGGAUUGCUCUGGUGGUCAUUAACACUCUGAUAUUUAUAGUGGGAAUGGCUCUCAACAGCCUGGCUUUGUAUGUCUUCUGUUUCCGUACAAAGUCCAAGACCACAUCUGUUAUUUAUACUAUUAACCUUGCAAUCACAGAUCUUCUGGUAAACCUGUCGCUUCCUACCCGCAUCAUACUGUAUUACAGCGGAGGCAGGUGCUUAAACUGUUCUUAUAUUCAUUUAUUUAGCUACUUUGUCAACAUGUACUGCAGCAUCCUCUUCCUCACCAGCAUCUGCGUGGACCGGUAUCUCGCCAUCGUACAGGUGGAGUCCUCCCACAAAUGGCGCAGCCGCAACGUGGCUAAAAUAGUUUGUAUCUGCAUCUGGCUGUUCGCCAUCGUCGUCACUUACACUUUCCUCACAACAGCCUUCAAACAUUCAGCAUGCUGUGUGUCCAAGCUCUUCGCCCUGACCGUAUUUGAGUUCUUCCUGCCCUUGGUGAUCAUUGUGGUGUUUACAGUCAGGAUUAUGUGCGCACUGUCCAGCCCAGGCCUCAUGCAGCAAAGCCGGGACAGACGGAUGAAGGCUGUGCAGUUACUCACUACGGUACUGGUGAUCUUCACCGUCUGCUUCACACCUUUUCACGUUUGCCAAGUCUUAGUCUACUUCCACCCUGAUCUACCCCACCAUGUCAUCAUCUACCAUGUGACUGUCACACUCAGCAGCCUUAAUAGCUGCCUGGAUCCUGUCAUCUACUGCUUCGUCACCACCAACUUCCAGUCUACCAUGAAGAAGUUUUUACAGAAGGUCAAGGAAGAACAGACCAGUGGUGACAUCAUCAGCAUGCAAAAAAUCUCAGGCACUGUUUACGCCAUCACUAACAGCAUGAUCAUGAUUAAUAUGAAUUCUCCUAAUAAGGCAGGAGACAGAUAAAGCUGUGCAGUUUAUGGACUGUAUUCCAAAUAAAUAUAUA